CAGGAGAUAACAGAAGAUUCCACCGAUUCCCGAAUGUUUUAACGUUGUCCUGACGUCGGGACUCGGCCAUUCAAAAAUGUAUGAAACCGAUGCAGGGACCAUUGUGAGAUGCGAGCUUUGCAAUAAGCCAUUCGACAAACCGUCUACACUGAAGAGACACGGAUACUACUGCCGAUCCCGCAAAGGUGUUACUUCCCCACGUAGUCGAUCGUGCAUUGCCUGCGCGAGAGGGAAGGUGCGGUGCAAUAACGCACGGCCGACUUGUUCGAGAUGUUCACAGAGGAACCUCACAUGCAUAUAUCCAACAAGCAAGGGUCCCAAUACUACGCGAUCACGACUUCAAGGGAACAGAAAUGCAUCGUUACCGGCGUCGGAUUCCCCUCUUCCACGACCCCGCAGACCCUCAGCGUCGGUGAACACCACUCCCACAACCGAUAGCACAGUUCAAUUUCCACAUGAUGCUUUUAACUCUGUACUCCAAGGAGAAGAUUAUCUCGAUACUCUGUGGAGCGAUGAUUUCCGCGAUCUGGAGUUUCCCCUUCUUGUCGAUCCCCAAAGCGGAGUUGGGCCAGAGGAUGCGUUGCUUCAGAUCACAACUCCAAAUCAGUGUAUCUCAUAUCCGGACGCAUUAACAGUACCUACGGAACACGAAUUGGCCCAGAUUCCCCAGGUUAACCUAACAAUGACUCCAACCCAGACUCCUCGAGCCUUUACGAAUCGAUCAAAACUUGGAGCGGGAGCGCUGACUAUCGCCAAUCUAAUGAAACAUAUGCUAAAUUCGUAUCCGCUCCUGAUUCACACCCACAACUCCUUACCACCCUUUAUUCAUCCGCGACUGCUGUCUCAAGAUGCACGGCAUGGCCACUUGGAAUCGCUAGCGAAUUGUAUUAAUUUGGUGCGCAUGGUUGGCAGUGGGAUACAAGGAAGUGGAAAGUUGUUCUGGAAGAACGUCAGAUUAGAAUGCGAACGAUUACUUGAUGAACAUCGAGCCUACACAAAGUGGGAAUUGCUCGCCGGGAUGCAGGCGCUGUCUAUAUACGCAAUCAAAAGAUUGGGAGAAGGCGAGACGGACGACAAUAACGUCGAUCACUUACUAGUAAUGGCAAUCGCUGCUUUGGCAAGACGACUCGGCAGCAUCUGUUACGAUGACGCCCCAACUGACCAGACCGAUCAGAGCAGCUGGGAGGAAUGGAUCUUCGAUGAAUCCCGACGAAGACUAGCUAUUAUCUUCAGAGCGCUGAAUAUGCUGGUUUAUUUUGACCCGGCAGCGCUAUGUGAGAUGCAGCCAGACCUGAUUAUCGCGGCAUUGCCAGCUGGAAAGCAUCUAUGGCAGGCAAACGACCAGAUUACGUGGAAGGCGGAGAUAAGAAAAGAACCUGACCCGCUGGCGAUGGUCGCAGUAACUGCGAAUGGCGAACUAGUUCGAUUGGACGACGGUCAACAGCACUGCGGCGCGAAGACGUUACGUUACAGUAGCGCUUCGUCACAAAGCUUCAAAACUUGGGAGGAAUGGUGCUCCGGCACCGACGAAUUCGGGAGUCUUGUUAUGCUUAUCGCAUCAUUCAUAGGCGUGGCAAUGGCUGAGCAAAAGCUCCGUCCCCAUAGACCGAUCCUGGAGCGGAUGCCCCUGUCUGGCGGCAGAGAGAUCGCAGCGCCGACAUGGACAGCAUGACUGCGUUGUACUCUCGUAACAUUGAUCAUGUGUACACCAAUGCCCCCUAAGCUUACCAACCCAAUGGAAACCAUGAAUUUUGCAACGCCGCACCCGGAAAUACUAAUGAUACCCAUCAAACGUAGGAGACUGCCCGUUAUCCCUACUGAGCCACUCUGGAAUUUCUCGUCCCCCGCCUCUUCAUACCUUCCAGCUUCUGCAACAGCUGCCAAUGGAGUUUUCGUUGUGUACCCCAAUGUUCGCUUAGUUUUUGCAUCCUGAUCACCGCUACCACAACACACCCCACAGUCUUCAGGCUAUGCUUACGGGAGUGGUACGAGAUAUCUGGGGUGAUACCCAUCUCCUCGAUGAGUUUGAGGUCUG